AUGGGCAGAUCUCUUACGCAUUAUGGCGUACAACAUCUGCAUAUGGAUCCAGAUGUCUCAAUACGUAGAACGUGCGCUGUACAAGAUGCUUUAGAUGCUCCAAUACUUGCGUCAUGCAUGGCAGCAAGGAAAAUGCUGUCCAUUGAACAAAAAGAUGGUUCAGGUGGAAUUGGAGAAACUUUCUUUUACGCCUUAUAUGCGAAAGUGUGGUUGCUUAACCAAAUUAUCUUACCAACUACGACUUUUGGUAUUGCGGCGUCUAGUAUGCCCACUGGUCGAACUGCGCAUUCGAGGUUCAAGAUACCAACUUAUUGUGGACAAUGCUUAUCUUGCAAUGUAGGCAAACAGUCAAGCCUUGCAUCGCUUAUACAAGAAGCUUCAUUGAUCAUUUGGGAUGAGGCUUCUAUGGCGCAUAGAGAGAACAUUGAGGCGCUCAAUAUGCUUUUACGAGAUUUAUGCUUGCCGAAUGUUCCCUUUGGUGGUAAGAUCGUCGUAUUAGGUGGCGAUUUCCGUCAAACUAUGCCUGUUGUUCCUAAGAAAACACAGCAAGAAGUCAUUGAAUACAGAUUAGUGUGCUCACCCUUGUGGCCUCUGUUUACUCGCUUACAUUUAACUGAAAUUAAACAUCCGUGCACGCGAGGAUUCACAAUUUUCAAGGCGAAUGGAGAGGUCCAUGGUACACUAGAUGAUUUGCUUGAAAGGAUAUAUCCUCAAAUAUCAAAUACAUGUGUGAAGCUGGAAUUUUUUGCAGAAAGGGCUAUAUUGACACCAAGGAAUGAAGAUGUUGAUUUGAUUAAUUCAAAACUCAUUGAAAGCUUUUUCGGAGAUGCUUAUUGUUAUAAAAGCUUUGACACAGUGAUUGAUGACCAUUGCAAAUAUAUCCGACAUAAUUUUUAA